CAUCGGUCUGUGAGCCAGUCACGAGUCACGAGAUUCCCCCCCACACUCGUGACUAUCACCCUCACCCCCACGCUCCACGUCAUUUCAUCAUCCUGCCUCUGGAUCCCGCAACACGCACCGCACCACGCGCAACGCCCAAAAUCAUGUCUGCCCCGCCGCCGCCAGCAGCAGCAUCUCCGCGCGCAAUCGUGUACGGCUACGCCGGCUCUCCCUUUUUCAAAAAGUUGCAGGAUCUGCUAGCGUGGUACAGGGUACCGCACGCCGUCGUUCAAGUCGACAUGAUCCCGCCUCGUCCCAUGCUCUCCCAAGAGCUGGGCAUCACCUAUCGUCGCAUUCCCGUGCUGGCAUUGGACGGUCAGCUUUAUCUCGACACUAGUCUGCAAGUCGAGGUGCUGGAAAAGACGUUUGCGGGCAAGCAGGGACACGGAAACAGUUUGUUCGGUCGAGAGGCCGAAUUGCAAAAGAGGCUCGUUGCUAAUUGGACGGACAGAGAGAUGUUUCCGAUCAUCGCGGGUCUCAUUCCUCCCGCAGCCUGGUCCAAGGAGUUCAUAGACGACAGGAAAAGCUUCUCGCCCGGCCUCAGAUUGGGCGAAAGGGCCAGACCGGAGCUGAACAAGGCUCAACUCAUCACUCAUCUCCAUUCGCUGGAAAAGACGCUGACGGAGAGUCGGGCAGAGUGGUUGCUCGGAACGCCCGAGAUGAGCUACGUGGACAUUGGCUGCGCAUUCACCCUGACUUGGUUGCAGCUGAGCCUGAAAGCGGUGCCCGAUCUGCUCCCUCGCCCGUCCAAAGACAAUGCUCAACUUCCCAACUCUCCCUUUCCCCUCGUCUUGCGCUGGCUCAACGAGGUGCGCAAAGAACUGAGCGCUCGCAGAUCCGCUCUGCCCCAAUUCGCCGAUCUGAAGGGGGACGAAGCUGCGCGUUUGAUCUUGCGGCAGGCUGGCGAGUCCGAGUCCGAGUCCGAGUCGGUCAGGCGCGAGGAGGCGGGCGGCGGACAUAUCCAAGCAGAUGAUCCUAGCGCGCUCAAGAGGGGAGACUUGACCAGCGUCACUCCACGAGACACUGGCAGAAUCGUGAGUCGGAGUCGGAGUCUCGCUCGAAGUGGUGCGGGGGGAAAAAUCCGAAGCGUGUUCAUGGGGGAAUUUCUCAUGACGUUUGCAUCUUCUCCUUCCUUUGGGGGGCUUACUUUUACCCCCGCCCAUUCGUUCCUCACGAUCCCAGCCUCAGACGGGUACGCUCGUCGCUCUCACACCCACCCAAGUCACCUUACGAGUCGAACCGCCCAAGCAUCCGGGCCAAAGUCUGUUGGUUCAUCUGCCUCGCUCCCACUUUGACGUCGCUCCAGCUACACAGCAGGCCAAGCUAUGAUUGCGCGCUUGCGCGCGCGCCUCCACUCUAAGAAAAGAGCCCCCGUGUAUUCUAGUCCUGCUUGUCGCCACCCUCCCUCUCCUCGACUUGCGCUGCCGCACCGUUCGACGACCAUCCCACUGGAGCCCGUGCGAUACACGCUUGGUGCUCGUGUCAGAGAAGUCUCUCUGCAAUCCACCCAUCUUUAGCGAUCGCAAUCGCGAUCGCGAUCGCGCUCGCAGGUCUUCUUGAAGCAGUCUUUUCUGUAUUGCUGGCAACGCUGCGAACGCUGCGAUUUGCCAUUCGUCCGCUUUUCCCCCUCCUCCUCCUCCAACACAAUUCGAAAACGUUUCAGCGAGCAA